AUGCAUCAAAUAUCGAAGCGCAUGUUUACCGACCCUUUCGUCCCUCCCCUUUUCGCGUACUGUCCGACCCUAGACCUUGUCGCGACGGUCACGGGCAAAGGGAGUGUGGAUGUUUGGAGGUUGAAUGGGCAGAGAGUCUUUGGUCUCAACUUUCCCAGAGAUGAGGAGGAGGAGAAGGAUGUUGACAUGAUCGGGGACGCCGCCGCAGAGAAGGGCAUUGGAGGAAACACCACACCUUCGCGGCCAAACGUCACAACCAUCUCCUGGACAACACACUUCGUCGAUCCCUCCCCCACCACCGUCCGCUCCCGUCUCGAUGCGCCACAUUCGAGUGUCUCCCUCGAUCAGAUUCUCGGCCUCCGUGCUGACGUGGACAGACUUCUUCAAUUGAAAGCCGACUUGCCCCGUGAGAUAAGCAGUAUUGACGUGGAGGCAUCCCUACCAAGGCUUGCGACGUUGCCCCCUACAGGCGUCGGUGCGGAUGAUGAUGUGUUUAGUUCUCGGAGCAGUGUGGAUGUUCUGUUUCAUGGAGGCGGCAAUAACGGCUCUACCGGGUCUGGUGGUGUCGACGCCCUGCUAGCGGGAUUAAGCGACGAAGACGGCGGGUGCAUGGUUCAGCUGAGAGUUUUUGACUCCUUUGAUAUAGGAACUAUCGAUCUGAAGGGGAUUCUACCUCCAGGGCAUGCAACUGGAAGAGCGUCAAGGGUGCUGAAAAUGGAAAGUCAUCCCUUCCUUUCAACAGUUUUCCUUGUCAUCGAACAGACGCCAAAAGAGGGAGCCGCUUCGUCGCUACAUUUACUCAGCCUUGACUUGAGCUUCAUACCUCAAACUGGACGUAACUUGCCGCUUGUAGCAAGGAAAGUCUCACAACUAGGCUACUUGCUCCGAUACAUCUCGCAGGUCCGGACGCAAUUGGUCGCCGAACUCAAAGCUGCAUUUGACUUACCGGGCAGAUUUCUCCGCAAUAUCAACGAAUCUCUCGCAGAAGGAGAUGAGAAUGCGGACUUUGUCUUUGCGGUCCAUCAUCUCGCCGUUACAGGCAUCUGUGAUCCUAUACUGAGGGAGUGGUUGGUUGACCAGGUUGGAGAUAGGGGUUUAAAGCGGUGGGAGAACGCUGUAGGGGAUUGUCUUGAAGUUGUGAGGAGGAUGACAAGUGAAUGUCUCCUUCCUGCCGUGGAAAGAAGUCUGGCUGUGUUGUCAAGACUCGACGGCCUUGCCAGGUUUGGACCCACCAGCUCUAAGCUUGGACUAGACGAAAAGAACGUGAAGAGGGUGACGGAGACCUUUGACGCUCUGGGUAUCCUCGGUGAAGACCUCUUGCUUGAUGUCAUUGCAGAAACAAGAGAGUUUACGACGUUCAUCAGAUGGUUGAAAUGGGAGCGCGAUGUUGAGGCGCUGGAGGAAGACAGUGACAAGACGGAAGAAUUGAGAGAGCUGUGGACAGGAGAGGGGGAGUUGAGGCUGGUAUUAGACUAUGUGGGAGGCGCGAUGAACGAAAGUCGACUGAAGAAAUAUCUUUUGGACGAGACCAAGGGGCAACCAACUGCGUUGCCCACAUCCUUUGAUGACGAUUCGGAUCUAGGAUUCUAUGCCGAGUUCACGAAACGCCGGACCAGCGGGAAUAGAGACAAGAGGAUGCCUACUCUGGGAGAACUGGUCGACAGACUGCAGAGGCAGUGUGAGGUGGUGUUUGAGCGGAUCGCAGAGACAUUCAGGAAGAGCAUCCUCACGAGCUAUCUGCAAGAGCUGCCUAGUGAGUGUGUUGGCGGGAAUAUGGACGUCAGAGUCAUCCCCAGCGACAGCGACCCCAACCUGUACAGGCUCUUUAUGAUAUCCACGGAUCGCCAAGAGAAAGCCCUUCUCCGACAUGUCGUGGUAGAGCUGCGACAAGGAGCUGGUAAGGGUGUCAAGAACACAAUGAAGUCGAAGUCGAUCGCGAUCCCCGAGGUGCAGGAGGUCCUUGAUGCGAAAUUUGUCGACGACGAAGCACUUCUAGUUCUUGCCCGGACGGCCUCUGAUGUCAACCUGUUCUGGAAAGACAUCACUAUUGACGGUGAAGGACCCUGGGAUGUCCGGCACGUUUUCCAGCGAGGGAGAAUCGACGGUGUGAUGAAGCCCGUCAGGCUUGAUGUGAAUGGGAGGGUUGGAAGGAGAGUGGUCACUGUCCUCGACGAAAGUGGGAUGGGACUAGUGGUCUUGGACUUGGACGCCGACGACAGUGCUCCUGACGCCACUGAUGAAGAAGACGAGCUCAUGACGGAGUGA